AUGGAAACAUCAUCUACCGAUCGCAGAUCCGACGAACACAUCACAGGAGCCCUUACCCCGACCCUGCACAUCCUCGACAGCUUCAACCAUCGCAACAAGAACCAGCAUCACGUCGCUCGCUGGUGGACCCAGUUCGACCUCUUGCGCCGCGCCGUCAGGAGACUCCACGACGCUCUCGUCCUUCGCAUCCAACACGCUCAGGCCCAGGGUCACAGGAAGCAGAAGCAAAAAAAUUCCAAACAAAAACAUGAUCUAGAUGGAGAUGUCACCACCAGAGUGGAAACACUCAUUCGCCAAAUCAUACCAUCUUCAUUCUUGUAA